GGAAGUCCCUGCACGCACGCAUUCGAACUCUCGGAGGAAAAGCUACCCGGCCACAAGUUCGGCGGCAGCAUGUCGGACUGUGAGGACCUUUGCUCUGCGUUCGCCAAAGACAUGGUGGCGAAUGUGGAGCAGAGGCUGUGGGAUCUGAAGCGGAUGGGCGGCGCGGGACUGUUCAAAGUUGAGUGCUGGCCGAAGAAGGCAGAAGUGCGCGAGCGGCGACAUCUCUCCUGGCUCGCAUCCAACGUCGCCCUCUUCGACCACAAGCUGCCAGGAGUGAACCAAAGGGCGGCCGAGCUGGAGCUCAAGACCUUUGUUCACAUCAUGAAGAACCACCGGGCGGAUGAUGACUUCAACCAGGGGCUGGCUGCCAUGCUCAAGACCCGCGACUGGCCUAAGAGCUAUCCCAACCUGAUGGCAUUGUGGCAGGCCAUGGCUGUGCUUCCACUGAGCACAGUGGAGUGUGAAAGAGGAUUCAGCAGACAGAACGUGAUCAAGUCGUGGCUGCGGACGAGCUUUUGCGAUGCAAGGCUGAGCGAACUCAUGACGAUCAACAUGCUGGACUACGACAUGGACUACGCCGAGAUCGUUGACAUCUGGAGGAAACAGAAGAUGCGAAAGCAGGCUAAGACAGUGGCCUAUGAGACUCCCCUCGACAAAGGCAAGAGUGCAGCCGAGGAUUCGGAUGAGGAGAUUGCAGCUAGUGAGGGUUCAUAUGAGGAUGAUGAUGAUGAUGAUGAUGAUUGAUGAGAUGCUGCUCUGUUACCGUGCCAUGUGGAUGUGAGACAAUACUUUUUGCUGGGCAA